GUUGUUCUCGCCUGCGUCUACCUUGACGGAUGUUGCGUCACUGCUUCUUUAAAGCAGGCAGAGGCGAGUCGAUCCGAACAGAGCCAGGCCACAAAACCGGACCAGAUGGGCCACAUCAGCGACUGAAACCGCGGACUGAAACCAGGAUUAAGAUCGGGCCUGAAUCUGGGAUUAAAGACCUCGCUUCGACCCGGAAACUCCCGGAACAAUUCCCGGAUUAAACCGCGACUCCGUGGAACUGGAAGCGGGGUGAAGACGCUCCAGUAAGCGGGCCUGCUCCCCCAAAAUGGCCGACACGGAGGUCGCCCUGUCAUCGGCUAUGCCUCCGCUCCACCUUAGCCCCUCCCACUCUGUCCCACCCCCUCCACCUGCCUCCUCCUCCCCCACCACCUUCUCAUGCCCCUCCUCCCCCUCCAGUGCUUCUUCUUCCUCCUCUUCUUCAUCGACUUCCUCUUGUUCUGAGAGCUCGUCUGACUGCCCAGCCCACCACCACCACCACCACCACCCCCGCCCUCACCUGCAGCUGCCCCCGCCCUCCCACAGCGAUCAGCCGUCCUCCCCCAGCGCCAGCCCCCGCAGCUCCAGCCCCAGCGGGAGCAUCGGCAGCACCGGCAGCCUCGGCAGCAGCGCCAGCGAGGGCAUCGGCAGCAGCGGCAUGUCGAGCGGUGGCGAUUUGCGAGGCCCCAGCCCCCCGCUGGACGUCAUCUCAGAGGACGCCAUGGAGAUGGACCUGGGGGCAGACCAAGUGAUUGACCCUGAAGUAGCGCUGAAGGCUUGCCAGGAAGUCCUUCUCAAGGUCAAACUGCAGAACAGGGAAGGACCUGAACAGCAACAGCGACAGGACGAUCAUGAACAGCGGCAACAGCAAUCAGAUCUGACGGGGAGCUCCGGUCCACAGUGGCACACCAGCCCGGACACCAGCUCCAUCAAAGAAGAAGACGAGGAGGAGGACGAGGAGGGGAGGAAGAACGAAGGCAGUACCCCCCAACAAGACCCACGUCCUUCGGCCCUGCCACAGUCUUCUUCACUGCCAUCGUCCUCGUCAGCUUCGUCCAAACAGUCGUGGCUUCUGCGCCUGUUUGAGUCCAAGCUGUUUGACGUCUCCAUGGCAAUCUCCUACCUGUACAAGUCAAAGGAGCCAGGUGUGCAGGCGUACAUCGGAAACCGUCUCUUCAGCUUCCUGGACAGCGAGGUGGACUUCUACCUGCCGCAGCUGCUCAACAUGUAUGUGCACAUGGACACAGAGGUGGGGGACGCCAUCAGACCGUACCUGAUCCACCGUUGCCGAGGCAGUAUAACCUUCUCUCUGCUGACGGCGUGGCUGUUGGGCGCUUACUCCUCCGACAUGCACAUUUCCACCCAGCGUCACUCCAGAGGCACCAAACUGCGAAAACUCAUCCUGUCCGACGAACUCAAGCCCUCCACAUGUGAGUCUUCCAGACCGGUUUCGGCCUCUGUUUCCGACAGCCCGGCGUCCUCGCCGUCGCACCGGCGCUGCCACCGGAGGCACCACAGCAGCAACAUGGACUCUUCGGGAGGCCCCGCCCCAGACAGCCCCGUUCCGGGAGAGGCCGAGGUGUUCAUUUCCCCAUCCAGGAGGACCCACCAGAGAUCCAAGUCGGACGCCACCACUGCGAGCAACGGGCCCAGUGCCGGGCUCCGACGGACAGGAAGUAACCCAAAGGUGGAGGCUGUCCAUGAGGAGCCCGAGCGUCUGCGUCCUCAGAGGGAGUUUGUAAAGUCUCUGUUCUGCAUCGGGAAGCGUUUGGCCACACUGCCCACCAAAGAACAGAAGACUCAGCGGCUGAUCUCAGAGCUGUCGCUGCUCAACCACAAGCUGCCGGGUCGAGUGUGGCUGCCGACUGCCGAACACCAGCACCACGUCUGCAGGAUCCCACACACACAGGCGGUGGUGCUCAACUCCAAAGACAAGGCUCCGUACAUCAUCUAUGUUGAAGUUUUGGAGUGUGAGAGCUUUGAGACGUCUCCGGUUCCCGUUAGGAUCCCGGAGACGAGAAUCCGAUCGGCUCGCUCUGCAGAGAACCUGGACUGUGGGGGCGGCAGUGCUGCGGCUAACGCUAACAGUGGGAUGACAUCAGAACACAGAGCAGGAAGUUUCUCCACCGUCCCAAACUACGACAAUGAUGACGAGGCGUGGGCCACCGAUGACAUCGGACAGCUGCAGGUGGAGGCAGAGGCUCAGACCAGCAGCAGUGAUAACAUCAGUCAGUUUUCGGUUGACAGCAUCACAAGUCUGGAGAGUAAAGAGCCAGUUUUCAUCGCCGCCGGUGACAUCAGACGUCGCCUGUCGGAAAACCUCGCUCACACUCCGACCUCGUUCAGGAGGGACCCCGAGGACCCGUCAGCCGUCGCCCUCAAAGAACCCUGGGAGGAGAAAGUCAGGCGGAUCAGAGAAGCUUCUCCCUACGGCCACCUGCUCAACUGGAGGCUGCUGUCGGUCAUCGUCAAGUGUGGAGACGACCUGAGACAGGAGCUGCUGGCCUAUCAGGUGCUCCGACAGCUGCAGUCCAUCUGGCAGCAGGAGCGAGUCCCUCUGUGGAUCAAACCUUAUAAGAUCCUGGUGAUGUCGUCGGACAGCGGGAUGAUCGAACCCGUCCUCAACGCCGUCUCUCUGCACCAGGUGCGUAAGCAGAGUCAGCUGUCUCUGCUCGACUACUUUCUGCAAGAACACGGCAGCUUCACCACCGAAGCCUUCCUCACCGCUCAGAGGAACUUCGUCCAGAGCUGCGCCGGGUACAGCCUCAUCUGUUACCUGCUGCAGGUCAAAGACAGACACAAUGGGAACAUCCUGCUGGACUCUGAAGGCCACAUCAUCCACAUCGACUUCGGCUUCAUCCUGUCCAGCUCUCCUCGUAACCUUGGCUUCGAAACGUCCGCCUUCAAGCUCACGUCGGAGUUCGUCGACGUGAUGGGCGGCCUGGACGGCGACAUGUUUAUCUACUACAAGAUGUUGAUGCUUCAGGGUCUGAUCGCUGCCAGGAAACACAUGGAGAAGGUGGUGCAGAUCGUAGAGAUCAUGCAGCAAGGCUCCCACCUGCCCUGCUUUCAUGGCUCCAGCACCAUCCGCGGCCUGAAGGAGCGUUUCCACAUGUCGCUGACGGAGGAGCAGCUGCAGCUGCUGGUGGAGCAGCUGGUGGACGGAUCCAUGCGCUCCAUCACCACUAAACUCUACGACUCCUUUCAAUACGUCACCAAUGGCAUCAUGUGAUCACCGUGUGACCUUUGGAUUCGGCGAGACUCCAACUGAAACAAACGCUCAGCCAAUGGCAGCGCAGGAGGGAGCUGGUGGGUCUGGUUUUCUCUUCAACCUCCGCUCUAUUUUCAUCUCAUCUGUCUCAAGUUUCUAACAGAGCAGAUUUGAACCGGAAGAUCAGCUGAUCAGACUUGUGCUGCAUUGAAGGGGAGCUGGGAAAGUACAGACAUGGUGUGUUUUUACAUUCAGAGAGACAAACACUAAGUGGGCCAAAGCAUCAGUCUUCUGGUUCAUCCUGUUGCUGCCUGUCACAAACAUAUGUAAUCUAUUGGAUUCUACUGGAUUUCACUCUGAACCAGCACACCUGAACUCGAUGUUGGGAUUAACAAGGAAACAGCAGAGGAAACGUCGACGCUGAGAGUUUGUGGGGUUCCUUUAACGGUCAAAGUGUCCAAUCACUGAUAAAUGAAUUAAUUCUCUAUUCCUCCUCAGCAGCAGCAGCAGCUUCAGUCGUGUUAAUCACAUUUUAUGUGACCUCGCAAUAAAUGACAGUCUUUAAUGAGCUCCAGAUUUGAAAGUAUGAUUGUUUUCAUCUGCUGUAAAACUGGAGGAAAAACAUUUUCAGUUAAUUAUUAGUCAAAGAAAAUCAGCAAAGAACAAAACUAAUUUUUUUCUCGACCAUCGAGACACGUCACUUUAACAAAGGAGACAUUUUUAUCAUCAACGUGACUCCAAACUCUUAGUGUCAAGAAAUGACUUCUGAAAUUCUGUGUGAACUUUAAGAAAACUCUCCAUGAGGAAAAAAAACCUUCAUUUUGAGUCUUCAAAUCCAACAGAACGCUGCAUUAAAGAUCCUGUGGUUAUUCCAUCCAUGACUUUCUACCAUCUCCAGUGUGCUAGACAGAAAAGUCUCCAUAGUUGCCCAGUGUUUGAUUAUACUUUGCAUUUCAUCGCGACCGUUUAAGUUCUCCGUGACUGAAGUUUUAUCGCAGCUCACUCCAGCUGAUCCUCCUGUUUCACGUCAUUUUAAUCAUUUAAAUCCGAAAUGUCGGUCCAAGCCCGCAGCGUCCCAUGGUGAGGAGAAAGCAGUCGGUUCUGUCGUCGGUGUGUUUGCUUCUUGGAGGUUACGACAUGAGGGAAGCACAAUGUGAACUUAACAUUGUUCUCCGGAUGUUCAGAGAAAAGACUCAGCGGGUUGCAAAGAGACCGACAAUAAUUUAGUUUGACAUGUCUCACAUCUCGCAACAGGAUUCCUCCGCAUGUUGACUUUUAAUUCUUGUUUUCGCCACACGUUCAUCACAACUGUCCCAGAGUCCAGUGUUCCUCAGGUUUUGGCAAACUUAAAAAAAGCUUGCAGUGCAGCUGUGAGUAAAUGAUAUUUAGAGAUUAUUUGAUGGGUUGAUUCACUCACUCAUGAAUUUCCAUUUGAAUAUUACAAUAUCAGUGACUGAAUCUGUUAGCCUCGGCUGUACCUUCAAAUGCCAGCCUGCAGGUGUUGGCAGGUCAGCUAAAUGUGAGCUAACGUUGACGUCCAUGUGAUUUUUUUUUUUUUAAGUUUAAAGUUUAAAUUUAUCGGCAGCAAUUGAUUCACCAGGCCGAUAAUCUUACUUUGAGGUUUAUUACUAUUAUGAUUAUUGCUGCAGUGCUAAUUGCUGUCUUCCAAAUGUUCAGGUUUGAUUUGAUGUAUUAUGACUUAAAGGUUUUCACAAACAAACUGAAACUUGAAGGAGCCAGACACGUUUCUGGUGACAACAGACUUAAAAUUCAACAUGACUCUGCAUGUUUUCAUUUCCAAUGGUUUCAUUUAGUUUCAGCUGAAGAAAGGUCCGUAUUUGAUUUCCGAAGAAAACGUGUCGUUUGUUUUGCUCUCAGCGCUCUCACUACAGAACAGUGUUGAAUCAGAGCAGACAGGGUGGGAUUAACCCUUCCACACUCCAUUUUACUUGAAUGAUUUCAUGUCUCCUUUGAGCCAGAAUGGCUACCGAGCGGCGAAAGGGUUUGUUUGUUACAGAUUUAUGCAAGAAGCUCAUCGUUAUCCUUGUUCCACUUGCUGUGUAUAACUCUGAACUAAAUUAAUGUGUUACUUCCCUGUCUCUUAACUGUAUACUAUAUUUGCAUAUUUAACAAAUGCCUGACACUCUUCCUCCCUGAUUGGCCACAAGAUACAUUCCUCUGAUUAACCCCAGCCAAUCAGGAGAGAUGGCUCAGAGAGACUUUUAUUUCUGUUUUACAGAAAGUUUAAUUUCUUCAUGAUGAGAUCAGUGAUGAUCAGUUUCCAGAAUAUGUGAAUGUUUUUUGUAAUAACAAUCCACUAAAACAAAAGUUUCUUCUCGAACAGACAUGUUCUCAGUGUUGAGCAACUAAAACUUGUCUGUACUGUAUCAUUUAUGUUCUGCCUAAGGCUUGUAACGCUCAGUGGCUUUAUUCCAGUGUGUCACGUCAAAAUGCUGCAUUUUGUAUUCAAGUGUGAGAUCAAGUGUGUACUUGAAAUAUCAGUCCUCAGAUUAAAAUAUUCUGUCAAAGAUUAAGAUAGCAAACAAAUUUAGUUGACAGCAACACUCUCUAGUGCUACGAGAACUAUUCUACUGUUAGCAAACGACUACCUGCUUGUUCGUCCACUCUAAAUACAGCUGUGUAGAAAAACAUGAGGUAAAACAGCUAGCAGCCAGUUAGCUAGUCAGCAGGUUAUUAGCCCAUCAGUGUGGUACCCUGCAUGUAAAACUACAUGUGUGUUUGCAGUAGAGGAUUAACCAAAAGCAAAUUAAAGAGCUUGCUACUUCUAGCUAAUAAUUAAACAAGGAACUAGCCUGCUGCCCGCUGCAAUUAACGGCACGUUAAUGUUGAAGGUUACGUCAGUCCUGUUCUCACAUUUGUACAAAAAUAUAAACUAAAGCUGAAAGGUUAAAAGAAACUAGAGAACAUAACAUUAGACUGUGGAGAAAGUGUAGAAAACAUGCUAGCAAACAUUUGAGCACAGUCGUUGUCAUGCUGCUGGAAAACAACAGCCACUGUGGAAUAUUGAUGAAAACCGUUUUUCACUUCAUGACGACUUUUGCUGUUCAACACAGCUUUCUCCACAAUGUAAUGCAGUGUUGUUGCUGUCAACAAAAUUUAGAUUUUGAUCUAAAUUGUAAUUUCCAUUCUUGCAGACUGUAUUAAGUAAUUUAAAAAAUGAAUAUGUGAUCAACUGCUAAGAGCUACAAGCUAACAAGCACACGAGGGGAGCAGAGCAGCGCUAACGUUAGCUAGUCAGAUCAGUUACUGCACAUGCAUCUCAUGGGCCACUCAGGGCUUUGCCAGUCGCUCGCCGGCUGGUCAUAAACCUGAACACACUAUAACACACUUGUUGACAAGCGUAGCACUCGGGAAACAGACUUCUUCUAGUGGAAAUUUAAAUGUUCUAACAUUUUUAUGAACCAACUAUAUGACUGCAAAAUACUAUAAAAGCUUCUCACUGGAGUAAAGCCAUUAUUUAAUGUUCCUGUCUUAUGACUAUCAUGUGCACAGUUGUUCUCUGAGGGUUUUUGUGUUUUAACCACUAUUGAAGGAGAAGCACAGUUCUGUUAUUGUAAAGCAGCAUCAUGUUACUGUCUGCUAACCGUUAGCCUGCUAGCUUACACAUCACCGCGCUUGGCAAACUCACAGCUAUGACUAUAGUUUACCAGAUAAACAACUUAAAUAGC